AUGAAGCCUUAUAUUUUCUUGUUACCCAUGUCUUUGUAUUUAUACCUUCAUCUCUUUACCUUAUCCUUAAUGUUCUUAAACCCAAACACAACCGUCACAAUAGCACUAGGAAACCAAACCGAUCAUUUGGCAUUACUCCAAUUCAAGCAGUUGAUAUCUAGUGAUCCUCAUGGGAUCUUAGAUUCUUGGAACAGUUCAACCCACUUUUGCAAAUGGAAUGGAAUCAUAUGUAGUCCCAAGCAUCAAAGAGUAACAACCUUGAUGUUGCAAGGACACAAUUUGCAUGGAUCCAUAUCUCCAUAUGUUGGCAAUCUCUCUCAUAUGAGGUUCCUCAACCUUGAAAACAACAGCUUCAACGGAAACAUUCCACAAGAAUUUGGUCGUUUGUCACGAUUAAGGUUUCUCCUUCUACUCAACAACUCGUUGGAUGGAGAAUUUCCUCUGAACUUGACAAAGUGCUCUGAGCUCAAAGGAGUACACUUAGCCGGAAACAAUCUUAUUGGAAAAAUACCUAGUCAAAUUGGCUCUCUUCAAAAGCUUCAAUAUAUGUUUAUUGGUAGAAACAAUUUCUCUGGAAAAAUCCCGCUAUCCAUAAGGAAUCUUUCAUCCCUUGUUAUUUUAAAGACCGGUUAUAAUAACUUGGAGGGAAAUAUUCCACAAGAAAUGUGCCACCUAAAACAGUUGAAGAAACUAACAGUGUAUGUCAACAAAUUGUCUGGUGCAUUUCCCUCUUGUCUUUGUAAUAUUUCAUCUCUUACUAUGUUCUCAGCUGGAGUUAAUAACUUUACUGGCUCUCUUCCAUCCAAUAUGUUCCACACCCUUCUCAAUCUCAAAUACUUUGGCAUUGGAGGGAAUCAAAUCUCAGGGAUGAUACAAAGUCUUUGGUGGAUCAAUUUGGCUCUCAACAAUAUCGGCGACAAUUCAACAAUAGAUUUGGAUUUUUUAAAAUCAUUGACAAACUCUAGUAAUUUGAAAACACUCUGUGUAUCUUAUAAUAAUUUUGGAGGUCGUUUGGGAAAUUCUAUAGGUAAUUUAUCCACCGUACUUGGUCUAUUUUAUAUUGGAGGUAACCAAAUAUAUGGAAAAAUUCCUAUAGAAUUAGGAAAUCUAAUUAGCUUGAGUCUCUUAGCCAUGGAAGAUAACUAUUUGGAAGGAACAAUUCCAACAACCUUUGGGAAGUUUCAAAAGAUACAAAGGCUAGAAUUGGGUGGAAACAGGUUAUCAGGGGAUAUACCAGCAACCAUUGGCAAUCUCAGUCAGUUGUAUUUUUUGGGACUAGAUGACAAUAUGUUGGAAGGAUAUAUUCCUCCAAGUAUUGGAAAUUGUCAAAUGUUACAAUACUUAACCCUUUCACAAAACAACCUGACAGGAGUCAUACCCUUAGAGAUUUUUAGUAUUUCUUCUUUGACAAAUUCUUUGGAUUUGUCAAAAAACUCACUGAGUGGUAGCUUACCAAAAGAAGUUGGUAUGCUAAAAAAUAUCAACGAACUAGAUGUCUCUAAGAAUCAUUUGUCUGGUGACAUUCCUGAAACUAUUGGUGAAUGUUUAAGCUUAGAAAGCCUUCAAUUGCAAGGAAACUCCUUCAAUGGAACAAUACCAUCUUCUUUGGCUUCUCUCAAAGGUCUCCGAUAUUUAGACCUUUCCAGUAAUCAAUUGUAUGGACCAAUUCCUGAGGUUAUGAAGAAUAUCUCCGGCUUAGAAUAUUUGAAUGUUUCUUUUAACAUGUUGGAAGGUCAGGUGCCAACAAACGGUGUAUUUGGAAAUGCAACCCAAAUAGCUUUGAUUGGUAACAAUAAACUUUGUGGAGGUAUUUCAAAACUGCAUCUACCACCAUGCCCUAUCAAAAGUAAGAAGCACACAAAACAUCAUAAACUCAGAUUGGUAGCAGUGAUAGUUAGUGUGAUCUCUUUUCUUAUACUGUCAUUUAUUAUAACUAUUUAUUUCAUGAAGAAAAGAAACAAAAAACAAUCAUCUGAUUCACCAACAAUUGACCACCUAGCUAAGGUUUCGUACCAAGAAUUAUAUCAAGGAACUGAUGGAUUCUCGACUAGAAACUUGAUCGGAUCAGGAAGUUUUGGUUCUGUGUACAAAGGAAAUCUUGUGUCUGAAGAUAAUGUUGUUGCCGUAAAGGUCUUAAACCUCCAAAAGAAAGGAGCACACAAGAGUUUCAUUGUUGAAUGUAAUGUACUCAAAAACAUCAGACACCGGAACUUAGUUAAGAUUUUAACAUGUUGUUCUGGUACAGAUUACAAGAAUCAAGAAUUCAAAGCUCUAGUUUUUGAGUACAUGAAAAAUGGAAGCUUAGAACAGUGGUUGCAUCCUGAAAUUUUAAAUGUUGAGCAUCCAAUAACAUUGGACCUUGGUCAUAGAUUAAACAUCAUCAUCGAUGUUGCUUCAGCAUUACAUUAUCUUCAUCAAGAAUGUCAUCAAUUGGUCGUUCAUUGUGAUCUAAAGCCAAGCAAUGUCCUUCUUGAUGAUGACAUGGUUGCUCAUGUGGGUGAUUUUGGCAUAGCAAGACUUGUCUCAGCCAUUGGUGGUACAUCUCAUUCAAAUACUAGCACAAUUGGAAUCAAAGGAACCAUUGGCUAUGCUCCUCCAGAGUAUGGAAUGGGUUCUGAAGUGUCCACAUGUGGUGACAUGUAUAGCUUUGGAAUUCUUAUGUUAGAAAUGCUUACGGGCAGAAGACCCACUGAUGAAGUUCUGGAAGAUGGUCAUAAUCUGCAUGAAUUUGUUGCAGAUUCAUUUCCUGAUAAUCUUAUAAAGAUUUUGGAUAAAAAUCUUGUAUCAAGAGAUGCAGAAGUAGAAACACAAGAUCGAAAUCGCGACAAUCUCCUUCAAACUUUAGAUGGGUGUUUUGUUUCACUCUUUAGGAUUGGACUUAUUUGCUCAAUGGAAUCACCAAAUGAAAGAAUGAGUAUUGUGGAAGUCACCAGAGAGCUUAGCAUAAUCAAAAAGGCCUUUUUCACUGGUGUUAGACACUCAUAA